AACAUUACCCUCGACGAGACGACACAUCACAACAACCCGCGCCCCUUACUUAAAUCAGCCUCAACCCUUUCGAGUCUUUAUUGCAUCUUCUUCCUCUUUCACAUACGCCACAUCUACACAUCAGCCUUCGACAUCCACCUUCCAACCUGAUCUUCAUCAUAAACACCGCACUCACCCCAACAUGGCGACAGUGUCGCUGCUCAACGUGACCGUGCGCAACAAUCCCGCCCCAUUCGAUGCGCCCUACGAGUUCGAAAUCACCUUUGAAUGCCUGGAGCCGUUGCAAAAAGACCUCGAAUGGAAGCUAACCUACGUCGGCUCUGCCACAUCAUCCGAACACGAUCAAGAGCUUGACUCGCUGCUCGUCGGCCCCAUCCCCGUAGGCGUCAACAAAUUCGUCUUCGAAGCAGAUCCGCCCAACACCGCCCGCAUCCCCGCAACCGAAAUCAUCGGCGUGACCGUGAUCCUCCUCACCUGCUCCUACGAUGAACGCGAGUUUGUGCGCGUCGGGUACUACGUUAACAACGAGUACAUGGACGAGCAGCUGGCCGAGGAGCCUCCCGUGAAACCGGUGAUUGAGAAGGUGCGGAGGAAUAUCCUGGCGGAGAAGCCGCGAGUCACCCGCUUCGCAAUCAAAUGGGACAGCGACGAGAGUGCGCCGGCGGAGUUUCCUCCUGAGCAGCCGGAUGUCGAUGCGCAAGACGAUGAUGGUGCUACGUAUGGCGCGGACGAAGAAGAGGAAGAAGAGGAAGAGGCGGAGGCGGAAGUGGUGGAAGGCGAGGGCGCCGCUAAGGCCCAGGUGGAGACUGCUGUGGAGGUGGAAGGCGAAGGUGUUAAUGGCAAGGAGGAAGACGAGGAGUCAGAGGCUGGCAGCGAGGAUAUCGAAGAAGAGAGCGAGGAUGAUGAGGAAGAAGAGCUCGAGGAGGAGGAGGGUGAAGGUGAGGGCGAAGCAGAGGGUGAUCAAGAGAUGGAGGUCGAUGAAGCGGAGCCAAAGGAGAACGGGACGCUGAAACAGCAACAACAUCAGCCGGAUGUCAUGGUGCAUUAGGAGGGCAGGUUUGGAGACAAUAAUGGGGGGUGGGCACAUUUUCGAGCUCUGUGAGGAUGCGUCGGUAUCGAUUGCUGGAGUGACGGCCUUCUUCUCCCAAUAAUGGCAAUGGUUGGACGAUGCGGC